GUAACAAUCACCACGACAGCUUAGUCUGUCGUCGAACCGGUCGGGGAACGCACGCGCCCUUAGCUAUCACCUCAACCCAGUGCGAAGUGUGGACGCGUGCGCGAAACCAGCGAGUUUACCCAUUACUUCUGUCCCAUUUGUUCCCCUACAUAUUACAGUACACACCGGCGCGUGUACGUCCAAAAUCGGCAGCGCAGAUGUCACGCGACCGCCGGUUUUGAUUUCAAAACUUCACCGUUUACGCUACCGAACCGGGUGCUGAUAAAAACCCUCGCGUAACGCCUUAUUUUCGCGAUUGUGCCGCAAUUCUGCAAUCAAGUUAGACGGAGUAUCAAAGUGUGUGUGUGUGUGUUUGUGAAGCGGAGAUAGUUGGGCUGUGCCGUGGUAUAUUUGCGACAAGAUAGCAUCACGCAUUGUUUUAUCAGCUGGCUGUGUAUCGUAUCAGUGUGGCCAAACGCAGAUAUGAAUGAUACAAGCCGCAAGGAGGCGUACGUCCGGGACGUGCUGAUACCGGGCAUGGUGGCACGCGGGGAACUUUCAUUCACCGACGAUCUUCCCGAGGGCGCUACGGUGCAGCUGAAAUCUGUCGAAGUUAAGCCGCUUGUCACGAACGGAUUCAUGCUGACGAUACCGUUCGUGGUGACCGUGGUGCUGGAACAGAAUCCACCGCCCGGAGAAGAUACCGAACCGGAAAUGCUUCAUCUGAUAGUGAAGAUAACGCCCGAAUGCAACGAGGAGACGUACGAGAGCUGUCAAUUUGAGACGCUUUUCGAGAAUGAAAUGGUCGCAUACACGGAAAUCAUACCCAGUCUCGGGGAGGCAGAACGGUAUCCAAGGUACUAUCACUGCGAACGGAAACCGAUGGAAGCAGUAAUGGUAAUGAGUGAUUUUUCCUUUUCCGGUUGGAAAAUGGCACCGAUGGUUGUCAACCUACCGCUCGAUUACAUUAUGCUCGCAGUGACGGAGCUGGGCCGGUUCCAUGGUGAAUGUUACGGCAUGAAGGAGGCUCGCCGGUCCCAGUUUGACAGCAUCAUUGCGAAGUUUAAGGAAUCUCGCUAUGCCGCCGACAUAUCGGACCUUACGUGGAAGGCGGUCAUGACCGUUGCACCGAAGCGUGCGAUCAAAUCCCUCCAGGAGAGCCGGUUCCAGGGGUUGGUACCGGCCGCCUAUCUGGAAAAGCUCGCCCGCCUGUACGCGGAUCCGUGGGAGCACGCGAAACGGAAGGUGGUGCCACGGGAACCGCUGGCCGUCAUUUGCCAUGGUGAUUACCUGCGCAACAACAUGGCGUUCCGGUAUGAAGAUGCGAAGGAUCCCGACCGGCCCACGCAAGUGAUGAUGUUUGACUUUCAAACCCUACGCUACGCAUCACCGAUGAUCGAUUAUACCGUCUUCCUUGCCAACUCAACCGGGUACGCCGAACGGGAGCACCAUUUCGAAACCAUUUUCCGUACCUAUCACCGUGAGCUGGUACAAACGGUAGCCAGAAUCGUCGGCGUAUCGGAUCCGACCGAACUGCCACCGUACUUCAGCUACGACUCAUUUCAUCGCGAGCUGGCCGAAUUCUAUUCGUACGGCUUUAACAUUGCGUCCUCGUUCCUGAUGAUACUGCACGAACCGAUGGAGAUAUCGUUCACCGAGAACAUCUUCACCGAGGAAGAGUCGGUGGCGGACGCGUGGGUACGGGGCGGAGAACCACUUAACCGGGAGCUGGCGGCCAUGGUAUACGAAAUGUAUCAGCUUCAUCAAAAGUAUGGGCUUGAUCCGGUGUGAUCGCGGUUGCGGCAGGCUGAACGGAUCAGAAUCGUUAACCGAAACGUUCAAUUUCAAAAAGGGGUUCCAACAGUUUAAUUCACAUCGUGCUGUGAUUUAACAAAAGUAUGGGUGCGUGUGUGUGUAUUCUGUAGUAAAUCCAAUGCUUUUGAAUAAAGAAGGACUUUUUGAUGAA